AUGGCUUACAUUUACAGUUUCUUGGCCCAGUUGGCACUGAGUGAAGCCGUCGAUUGUUACCAGUGCACGCCAUCAAACAGCGGCUGUGGUGACGAUCCGUUCGACGCAUCCAACCACAAGGACUGGCUGAAGCCGUGCACCAGCGGCCAAACCUGCUUGAAAACCUUUGAUAACGACAAUUCAGUGACACGAUCUUGCCGCAACGAAGACAAGUGUAGGGACGACUCGACAACCAGCUACUAUCAUAAUUGUGUAAAUAACGUGUGUUCUACCGAGUACUGUUGUACCGGGGACGGUUGCAACUCAGCCCCGGUCGCUAUCUCCUUCAGUGUCCUGCUGACCGCGUUCAUGGCACUGGCUACCUGGGCUUUCAGAAAAUAAUCCAUAAAAUUCUGCAACACUUCCUUCUACACGAUCGUAUAUUUUUCUCCCAAAGUCGCAAAUCUGUCAAUUUAAAGGCAUAUAGGAUCAUUUGCAUUUAUCCC